AUGAGUCAACUGCCAGAAAAGGUCUUCAAUUAUGUAGAAGAAAAUAUAAACCUAUGUAAACCAGAUUCUGUCCAUAUUUGUGAUGGCUCACAGAUGGAAAAUGACAUCUUAUUAUAUCAGUUACAAAAGGAUGGCAUCCUGAAAAAAUUACCAAAAUAUAAAAACUGUUGGUUGGCUAAAACAGAUCCUGCUGAUGUUGCCAGAGUAGAAAGAUUAACAUACAUUUCUACAGAGUUAAAACGUGAUACCAUACCAACUCCUAAGACUGGUGUAGCAAGUCAGCUGGGUAACUGGAUGUCUCCAGCUGAUAUGGAGGAACAGCUUUUUAUGAGAUUUCCUGAAUGUAUGAAAGGAAGAACCAUGUAUGUGAUACCAUUUAGUAUGGGACCUAUUGGGUCACCACUGAGUAAGAUUGGUAUUCAGUGUACAGACUCGCCAUAUGUUGUGGCCAGUAUGAACAUCAUGACCAGAAUGGGAGUCAAAGUUUUAGAUUCUCUUAAAGAUGGUGACUUUGUGAAAUGUUUACAUUCUGUUGGCCGUCCUUUACCCCUUACUGCCCCACUUCACAAUAACUGGCCUUGUGAUCCUAAAAAUACACUGGUAGCUCACUUCCAAGAGAGAAAUGAAAUCUGUUCAUUUGGUAGUGGUUAUGGUGGAAAUUCCUUAUUAGGAAAGAAAUGUUUUGCUUUGAGAAUUGGAUCUAAGUUAGCUCAGAGAGAAGGCUGGUUUGCUGAACACAUGUUGAUUCUGGGAUUGGAGAACAGUAAAGGAGAAAAGAAAUAUAUUGCUGCAGCCUUCCCUAGUGCUUGUGGUAAAACUAAUCUAGCUAUGAUGACCCCACUUUUACCUGGUUAUAAAGUCACAUGUGUUGGAGACGAUAUUGCCUGGAUGAGAUUCGAUGAGAAUGGUCAACUUCGUGCCAUCAAUCCUGAAAAUGGGUUCUUUGGUGUAGCCCCAGGAACAUCAAACAAAACCAACCCUUGUGCUAUGGACACCAUACAAACCAAUACCAUAUUUACUAAUGUUGCUGAGACUAGUGAUGGUGGUGUGUUCUGGGAAGGGUUAGAGAAAGAGAUCGAUGAUGAUGUAGAAAUAACAUCAUGGUUAGGCGAAGAACAUUGGACGAAAGAAAAAAGUUCAAAGACUGCAGCUCAUCCCAAUUCAAGAUUCUGUACACCAGCUAGUCAAUGUCCAAUACUUGAUAAAGAGUGGGAAUGUCCUAAAGGUGUUCCAAUAGAUGCUAUCAUAUUUGGUGGUAGAAGACCAGAUGGUGUUCCUCUGGUUUAUGAAGCUUUCAACUGGCAACAUGGUGUAUUUCUGGGUGCCUCAAUGAGAUCUGAAGCCACUGCGGCAGCUGAACAUAAAGCAAAAAGUUUAAUGCAUGAUCCAUUUGCUAUGAGACCCUUCUUUGGAUAUAAUUUUGGAGAUUAUUUGAAGCAUUGGAUGAGCUUCCAAGACAAGAAGAAUUUGAAUUUACCCAAAAUCUUUCAUGUUAAUUGGUUCCGUAAAAACAGUGAAGGGCAGUUUCUGUGGCCAGGAUUUGGCGAAAACGCUCGUGUUUUAGAUUGGAUCUUUCGAAGAAUAAAUAAUGAAGACAUUACUCAGAAAUCACCCAUUGGUCUCUUACCCAAAUUUGACUCUUUAAAUUUAGAUGGGUUAGAUAACCCUGUUGAUUUAGAGGCAUUAUUUAACAUCCCCAAAGAAUUCUGGCUGGAUGAAGUGAAAGCUUUAGAGAAAUAUUUUGAAGAACAAGUGAAUGUAGAUUUACCUCCUCAGAUUAGAGAGGAAUUGAAAAAGUUGGAAGAAAGAGUGAAAAAUAGUGCAUAA